AUGCACCCAAACGGGCCUUUCAAGAUUGGCACGGCAAAAGCAGCAGCAGCAGCAGCAGCAGCAGCAGCAGCAGCAGCAGCAGCAGCAGCAGCAGCAGCAGCAGCAGCAGCAGCAGCAGCAGCAGCAGCAGCAGCUGCAGCAGCAGCUUCAGCAGCAGCAGCAGGUCCCAUUCAUUCCUUCUCAUCCCGUUCCUUCUCCUUCUCACUUUUCUCCUUUCUCUCCCUUCUCUCAUCCUCUUCCGCUCUCCACCGGUCAGGUGCUGCUGUGCGGGUUGCCUUUGGCUUUGGUGCGUCAGCAGCCGCAGCGGUCCCGGAUCAUCUCGUUCCCCUUCCCUCAUUUCCCUGCUCCCCAGACCUGCUAAACGAGGCUGAGUUUGGCGAGGAGGCUCUGUCCCGCCCUUUCAACGAAGCUGCUGUUCCCCCAGCCAAAGAACUAGGCUUAAACCCCCCUGCUGCUGCUGCUCUUGAUGACCGGAUGAUAUUUUUCCAGCUGCCCGCCGCGCUGCCCGUGCGCCGCGAGCGGGCAGCUGAGCUCGCACCGGGUGAACCGGGGCCGUUGGAUGAGCUUUCAUCGCUGCCCGAGGGGCGGAUUGGGAAGAUUCUGGUGUAUGAUGAUGGGAGCGUGAAGAUGAGGCUUGGCGACACAUUAUUCGAUAUUCUGGUGUAUGAGGAUGGGAGCGUGAAGAUGAAACUUGGAGACACGCUGUUUGAUGUGAGUGGUUUAUGA